AUGGCGGACCCACGCCCGCACAGUCCGCACACAUCGGCGUCGCGCCCUCAUGCCUCCCGCUCCCGCACCUUCUCAUUCCGAAGCGAUAAGAGUGGUGCAUCCCAGCCCAAGGAGCACUUGGUCGAGUCGCCCAAGGAGAAGCAGCGUCGGGACAGCAUUUGGAAGUCCACAAGCAAGGCAAAUCCCAACGCUGCACUCGUCGAAGCACAGCCCGGAGGUAUACAACACAAGGAUGCAUACGGCAACCCAAUCACCGAUCCGGAUUUGGCCAACCCGACUCGCCCGCGCAUGGAACGUCCCUUAGACACCAUUCGAUCCUUCGAGGCUGCCAUCGACUCUGGUUACAAGAGAAGAUCAACCUUUAUGCGUUCCGAGUCGGAUAACCAGAUGGGAGGAGGAGGAGGAGGAGGAUAUGCCGCAUCUGGGAGGAACAGCUCAUAUGGUGAGUACACGCACAGCUUCAGACGUAUGUCGGUCGCCAACCGUCGAAUGUCAGGCUUCGGAGACGGCCCGAGUCCCAAUAACCGCUAUGCAUACGGGAACGGUGGCGGCGGUGGCUAUUACGGUGGCCAACGAGACAGCCAUGCCUCGGCCGGACCCAGUGCUCGCCCACGGUAUGGACGAGGCAUGCAGUCCGAUCCCAUGAUGCAAGCUCGACCAUACCCGCCACAACACGGCUACCAGCACUCCCAAGACACCAUGAACACUGCACACGGCUCCGACAGCACCGGACCUUGGAACAGCGGGACGGAUCCAAGCAGCGAAAACAGCUCAAUCGACAAGAACUAUCAGAAUGGACAGCAGAAUGGCUAUCACAAUGGCUACGGUGCAAACGGAUUUUCCGGUCCCAUCCCAGAAGAGGGUGGGGCCUACCCUGUGAAGCCAGGCUACGGUGGAGCGCCUGCAGUACUGCCACCGAACGCGCGUCGACCCAUUCCGCUUGGGAAUUCGGACGGCAUGCCUGUCAUGCCAAACAGUGGCCUGCCGUCAGCCAAACGACCAGAACCUGAGAAGAGAAAGAGCUGGCUGAAGCGUCGAUUUAGCAAGAAGGAUUGAUUCCUCCAGCUUCUGCUUAUUGCUAUGCACUGCGUUCGGCGUCUCGUCAUUCCUAAUGCAUAGCGUUGGGCAGA